CAGAAUAGAAACCCUAGACGGCACAGAGAAGAGAGAAAUGGGUAAACGAGGACGAGAUGAAUCGAUUCAGGCAAAAGUUAGAGCUGCAGUGACGUUGAAUAGUUUAAAUUCUGAAUUCCGUUUUCUAGGUAAAGAUACUAAAUCUGUAUUAGACCUAUGUGCUGGCAGUGGUUGGAUGCAACUUGCUGUUGCUAGAAUUUCAAAAGGAGGUUUUGUUCUUGGUGUUGAUCUCCAUCCGGUUACACCUAUUCUAGGCGCAAUUUCAAUACAAGAAGAUAUCGCUACUCGUGAGUGCAGAGAUACUAUUGAGAAACAUAUGACUGAAAAUGGUUUUACUGGUUUUGAUGUCGUAAUGCGUGGUGGAUUAUCUUCUGAUUCUUGCGCUACUACUUGGGAUCAGGCAUCUUUGCUUACUAAAUCAAUUAAACUCGCUACUAAAUUUUUAUCACCCGAUGGAACUUUUGUCACCAAGAUGUUCGACGGAGCAGAAGAUUACAAUCCCAUGCUCUACUGUCUUGAGCAGUUAUUUUGCAGAGUCGUCGUGACGAAACCGACUUCCACAUCUACAAAAACCUACAUUGUGGCUUUAAAUUAUAAAGCCCCAGAAAAGAUUAAUCCCCGUCUACUCGUUACCAGGAAUUUGUUCUCUAUUAAAGAAGAAGAAGAAGAAGAAGAAAAAGUGGUUGUUUUGGCUUCAGAUUUUGUGUGGUCCGAGACUCCACUUGAAGUCCUUGAAAAAGCAUGCUCACUCUCCUUCGCUGAUGAUGAUUGCUUAUCUUUAAAGGAUCAUAGUUUAACUACCAAAAGGAUCAAGAGGAUAUGCAAAGAUCUUCGGGUUUUGAACAAGCGACGUUUUAUGCAUCUGAUGAAGUGGAGGUUGCAUGUGAGAGAAGCUCUGUCACAUGCUCAGAAUGCUGAUGCCAAGGAUGGAAAUAAGGGCAAUGAUGAUGAUGAUGAGAUACCCGAUGAAAUGGAGUAUUCAGAAGAUAUUCCAAAGAUGUAUUUUUCUGCUGAAACUAGCACGAGGAUCCAUGGUACAACCGUAAUGGGUGUGGUCGUAGAUGACAUAGAUCGUGGAAUUUUGAUAGGAACGGAUGGCCUGUUAACAGGUUCAAAAUUUCGAAGAAGGUGA